AUGGCCCUACGCUUGGCAGCGUUGGCCGUUGCAUGGCUGGUCGCAGAGGCGCAGAUGAAUUGCACGCCGCCGGCGAGCAGCUUCGAAAGCAGCCUCAAAGUGGCCUUCCAGCCAACCUUCGACACCGAUAUUUGUGCGUUGCAAAAACCGGCCUUGAAGAGCGGCAAGAUGGCAGAGCUCUGCAACGCCUUCUGCGCGACUGCUGGGAGAACCACGGGCUUGCCUCUCCUGCUGGGCUCCGAGACCUACGGCUUCAACCAGGAGGAGAUGGACAGCCUCUGCACGGAUGUGAGCCACCGCAACGCCUCCUUGGAGGCUUUUUGCCUGUCCCGCAGCAACUCUCUCGAUGAGAUCAUGGUGAAGGCCGCCGUGUUUGUGGCCCGCGUGGACAUCUUCAAAUCCGAGCAGCUGGCCUUCCGCGCAAACAUGCAGAAUGCGUCUGCCAAGCUGGAGGCGGAGCUUGCAAGUCAGACGUUUGCGAACCUGAUAGCCAGGUCCACCAACAAGCUGGACUUGCUGAAGCAGAAGUUCAGCGAGUUCGCCGCAACUACCGCCAUGCAAUCUGGCAGAACCAGCGCAUUGAUGACAGCCAUGGACCAAACGCAAGAAAGCUCCGAGGCUCUCAUCACCUCCGUCAACAUGAACUUGGCCCUCUUUGAAGAGUUUGUGAACGCCUGCAACAGGAUGUUGCUAGGUACAGGCCACCAGAACGAGUACCUGCUGGACAUUUGUGCCCAAAGCAGUGUGGCCUGCUUGGAGGAGUCCGCUGCCGGCCAUGUCGGCUGCUGCUGCGGGUACAACCCAGUGGUGGCCGACAGCUUCAAAGUGGACGGUCUGACCGCAAGCAUCUUGAAGGGCGGCCGCGUGGCUGCGGGCCGCCGGCUGCAGGCUGAGGACGUGAUGGACUUGGACAUCUGCGCUGAGGCGCGCGCAAGCAGCAAAGAGGCUGUUGCAGGUGUGGCUGCUCGCGUGGCAGAGCUGGGACAGCAAGCGCUGCUCGAUGAGCGGCAGCAGAUGUUGGCAUCGAAGUAUCCAGAAUACUACGGCAAGUGCGUCGGGCGGCGCAUGCAGGAAGCGCUGGGAGCUGAGGCUGCGCCUAGUCUGCUCUCUGAGCCCGCAGGCCAGCCUGCAAGGCAGCUGCAAGCUGGUUUGAGCUGCACACCUCCAGCUCACGCCAACACCAGCUUAAAGGUUGCCUUCUCAAACACUUUGGAGGCCGACAUAUGCAGCUUGCAGGUGCCCCCGGUGAAGAGUGCUGACAUGCGGGCACAGUGCAGCGACUUUUGCGGUCGCCGCGGCGUGUCCUUGCUCAUCGGUGCCGAGACCUAUGGCUUUGAGCUCGGAGCCUCGGAGAGCAUCUGCCUGCCUCCCGAGGGCGUGCUGAUCCAUGACCCCGCGAAGCUCCGGGACUGCGGCCAAUGGUCCGUAGCCUUUCGAGAGGUGGAAGUGAAGACCUCGCAGUUCAUCGCGCAGCUGGACAUCUUCCGCGCCACGCAGCAGUACUACGUCGCGACGCUGCGCAAUGUGACCGCCGGCAUCCAGGCGUUUGUGAGCAGCCAGGAGUUUGCGGCGAAGAUCCAAAGAGCACGGAGCAAGGUGGAGGAGGUGAAGGCGGCUGUCAAGGAGAGGUUGCAGAUCGGGUUUGCGCUUCUGGUUGAGUCAGAGUUGAUGGCGGCAAUCCAAGCACUCCGGCAAAAAGCUGCAGCUUUGCAAGCCGCUCUUGGGCAAAACAUCCCGCUGAUCAAGCGGUUUCUGUCUGAGUGCAACGACAUGCAUGUGGGCACAGGGCCGCAGAACGAAUACCUCUUGGACAUUUGCGCGCAACAGAGCGUUGCGUGCUUGGAUGAGGCGGACGCUGGCCAUGUCACUUGCUGCUGCGCUUACCACCCCUUCUCCACAUUUGGAGAGACCGUGUCGGAGAUCAUCGAUGGCAUCCAGGAUUUCCCAAACCCUGCCAGGGUGCGGUCGGGGCGCCGCCUUGCCGGAGGGGAGUCCUUGGACAUUUGCGCCCAAGCCUGGACCGAGGCGGCGCCAGCAGUGGCGCAGCUGUACGCGAAGAUUGGAGCUACUGGACAGCCUGCCGCGGCAGAGGAGUGGGUUCAGAAGAUGCAGGACCAGUACGGCUCGACCUUCUGCAGCCUCGCAACGCCCCCCAGCCUCGCAGCGCCAUGCUGCUGGGCCACUGCUGCUGCUGGGGCGCCGCUGCUGCCUUUCGGCUUGUUGCUGGCCCUCUUCCUUGCAGCUUGA